GUAACGAAGUAAGGCAUAAUGGGUACGUUCUGUGCAUGAAUUACUGCCCGAGCCUGGAGUGGAUGCGGGUCGGUGAUAAAAUCGGAUUGAAACGCACGCAUGAGGGGAAUUUGAAGUUCUACUUGAACGGGGAAGACAUGGGCAUAGCCGCGUCGAAUAUACCGGAAAUGGUGUACGCGGUGAUCGACCUUUUCGGUAGCACUGUAACUAUAAAUAUGACAAGCAGCAAGCAACAGCAGAAUAGCGCGGUGUCUCCGAACGCCAGCUUGAGGUUGCAGGACUCGUUGGAGCUACUGCUGGAUCCCAUGCCACCGGUUUUGCGAAAACAGAAAAAUUUACAAGUUAUAUCAUUUAAUUUUCUAGGAGUGGUGAUGUCUAGUCGUCCUUUGAUAAAAGGCAAGCCGUUCUUAGUGAAAAUAGAGAAACUGAAUGAACGUUGGGUUUCGAACAUCCUCUGCGGUGUAACUUGCAUUUCUCCGGAGAAGGCUAACUUCCCUUUGACCGCCCUUGGCUUUAAGAAGCAUUCUUGGAUCAUUUGCAGCGACUGGAUAUUUCACAACGGUAUCAGGGUAAAAACAAAAUAUGGUUCAUCGUUGGAGGGUCUCCGUACCAAUUCCAUAGUAGGUUUAUUCAUCGACGAGGACAACAGGUUACGGUUGAUCGUGAACGGCGUUGAUCAAGGCGUAGCCGCGACGGAUCUACCUCCCUACGUUUACGCCGUGUUCGAUUUAUACGGACAAUGCGAGCAGGUUUCCAUCGUCGGUAGCAACGCAACGGAGCCAUUUUCGUCUUCCGCCGCCGGUAACAGUUCAACAUCCGCUGAAUGUAUCCGGACGAAGUUAGAAGACGCGGAGAACUCGAGGGAAAAAGCGGAUCUUGAAUGCCACGAGAAGGAAAACGUCGCCACUGCGGCAUCCUCGGACAUGUCUUCUUCCACCUCGCCGAGCGCCCCGAGCCAGUGCAGUUCUAACGCGAAGGACGACGACGUGCUCGUCGAAUACGAAACGUGUGACAACGAGAACAAUACCGAGAACAAGCCAAGUAUGUCCGAUAGUAAUAAUUUGGACUCGAACUCGGACGCGAGAACCAUCAAGGACAAGGCGAACCAACUGAAUAACGACACGAUGUUGAAUAGCCAGGAGAAUCUUAGAAACGAGUGUACAAAUGUAGAGAUAAACAACGCGACUAACAUUAAUAUUAGGAACGGUACCGCGAACAGCGUCAGUAAUAUAACGAACUCGAACUCGAACGCGAACAACGCGAUAAACGAAAGCAUAGCGUCCAAUAGCCAAGGGAAUAAUUUAACCGCGUCGAAUAACAACGCGUCAUCCGUGAACGCGUUAACAUCGUCGCAGACGUUCUCUUCGCAGAACGCGUUGCUGAGCAACGCGGCUUCGGACAUUUCGAACACCGUGUCGUCCAGUUUCAACGAUCUCCGCUCGAAUUCGUGGAACAACGUGGAUAAUUCGCAUAGUGCGCCAUCGCUGCAGUUGCUGCAGGCACCGUCGCUGCCGUCCACACCUCUUGGGACGAUUGUCCUGCCUUCGAAGAAGUGCGAAUAUCUGAAAGCGUGCACGAGGCUCAAGAAGUCGCUAGUACUUCCAGACGAGUUCUUCUCGUUGGAGGAUGCGCUGUGUUAUUGCAAUAACUGUUACAAACCGGAAAGGGACAGUGCAGUCUGCAAGAAAGGCGAGCCACCGGCGGAGUUCGCUGUGCCCAUCGGCUGGACUAGGUUCCCUCUGAAGCAGAGUAUUAAUGCGAAUCAAAUUCCGCAUAGUACGACCGACAAGUGGCAUGUGGCUUUCUAUGGCAUACGCCUCGACGCGAUUAGGUAUGUUAUUAUUAUAUUAUUAUUGGAUGAAUGUAAAAGUGUGUAGCCAUCUUGAAAUCAG